AUGUCAGGCGUUAACAAAGAAAACUACCAUGGGACAAUUGGAACUCGAAACCUGAAGAGCCAGGCUUUGGCAACCAACAAAAGAGCCGUAUUAAACAAUGUUACUAAUACCACUGUUUCCCAGGAUUCAUCCCAGUCUAAUCUCAAUGGGAGUAGCUCUGGGUACUCAGCUUUUGGAAAAGUACUGAGACAGGCGAAAUCAAAACUGCAGACUGCUAGAGGUGCUGGUUCACUGAUACCUCAGGCUAAAAGAAAAGAUGCUCAUGUUGAUCUGGAAGAUAAAGAAAACAUUAGCUCUCUCCAGGCUUCCUCAGCAGCUGUAGUAGCAAUCCAGCCUACUGCAUCAUCCAGCACAGCCACCAGCUCAUCAAGUUGUAGCAGUGCUGCUGCCUCAAAAGCGAUAACAUCUACCUCUCAAAAGCAUCACCUGCGUAGCAUAGUGGAGGAAACCCAUGAAGAAUACCAGUCUACCCUCAAAGGGGGCGAUACACUAGAGGAAUCAGCCUCAGCAACUAGUACGACGAACAAUUCAACAGAUAUAAAUGCCUCUGUUCCCAAUACCGUCACCGUUGCAGUGCCAGAGUUAAUUGUAAGCGCACCUGCAGGGGAGACCAAAGCACUAGAAGCCGAACCCUUACAUACAGAAAGGAAACCUUUCAUGUCCAGUACUACUGCAAGCACCACAAAUAGCGGUGUCACUACUACGGUUAGCAUUUCCACAACCGCCACUACGUUAGGUAGUGGAGUUAUUAAAGCGGUUCAUAGCCAGCUUCGUCCGAAUAUUGAGCUGGAUGUCAAGAAGAAAAGACCGAUAAGCACUGUGGUAGAGCCAGAAGAUUCCAAAAAGUUCAAAGUAUGCGAAAAGGGCCAUAAAUACGAGUGGGACGACCUUGAUGCUGAGGAUAUUAAUGACCCGUUUAUGGUUAGCGAAUAUGUCAACGACAUUUUUGAAUACCUACACAAGUUAGAAAUUAUGACGCUACCAAAUAGACACGAUUUAUUCAAACACGCUAACAUUCAACAAAACCGUGACAUUCUUGUCAAUUGGAUGGUAAAGAUCCACAAUAAAUUUGGCUUGCUGCCCGAAACCUUAUACCUAGCGUUGAAUAUCAUGGAUAGAUUCCUAGGCAGAGAAUUAGUUCAGUUGGAAAAGUUACAACUUGUGGGGACUGCGUCUUUAUUUAUCGCUUCCAAGUAUGAAGAAGUUUACAGUCCAAGUGUAAAGCAUUUCGCUUAUGAGACAGAUGGAGCCUGCGAUGAGGAAGAGAUAAAAGAAGGAGAAAAGUUUAUACUAAAGACAUUACAAUUCAACUUAAAUUAUCCUAACCCAAUGAAUUUCUUACGAAGAAUUUCCAAGGCAGAUGAUUACGACAUUCAAUCGCGAACAUUAGCCAAAUAUCUUUUAGAAAUAUCUGUGGUAGAUUUCAAAUUUAUUGGUAUAUUACCGUCUCUCUGCGCGGCAGCGGCAAUGUUUUUGUCCAGGAAGAUGUUAGGAAAGGGAAAAUGGGACGAGAACUUGAUUCAUUAUAGUGGUGGCUACACAACGAGCGAACUAGCACCUGUUUGCAACAUGUUGAUGGAGUUUUUAGUACAACCAGUGGUUCACGACGAAUUAUUUAAAAAAUACGCCAGCAGACGCUUCAUGAAAGCUUCAGUAAUAUCGAGGCAAUGGGCCAAGAAAGUUAUGAGCCGCAGUUAUGACAUAAUGACUUUACAUGAAAUAGCGGAGUGA